AUGACUUGGCUUACCAACUUGACGGGCUUUGUUGCCCCCUUCUUCAUCAUCAUGUCGCCCAUUAUAUCCUACGGCGACCAGAUUCUCGCCAUGCAUCGGAAUAAAUCUAGCGCAGGCUUUUCCUUGGAUAUCCCACUGAUCAUGCUGGUGGCAUCGUUUCUCAGAAUCUUUUACUGGCCUGGUGCUCGAUUCGAUGCGAGUCUGCUGGUGCAGUCGUUGAUCAUGGUCGUGGUGCAGCUGAUUUUGCUCAAGAUUGCCCUGGAACAUAGACCACUGCCUGCGACUAAGGGCGGUGAGGGUAGCAUACCAUUUUCUGGCCUCGAGAGCGGCGGUCCGUUCUCCCUUCAGCGCCCGUACAACUUUUGGCAGUGGCGGUCGCACAAGCCGUACUGGCACUUCCUCCUCUACCUUCUCGGCGGCCUCAUUGUCUGCGAAGUCCUCUUCCGACCCAUGGAACCCAUCUACGACGCCUACUCUGUGCUCAUCGGAUACCUCGGCCUCUCUAUCGAAGCGACCCUGCCCAUCCCCCAGCUCAUCGCCAAUGCCCAAUCACAGUCAUGCAAGGGCUUCCGGCUCUCUGUCCUGGCGAGCUGGAUUGGCGGUGAUGCAAUGAAGGUGUUUUGGUUCUUUACGUCUACGAGCGAGAUCCCGCUAGCUUUCAAAGUCUGCGGCUGCUUCCAGGCGGCGUGCGACUGUUUACUGGGUGUUCAGUAUUUUAUGUACGGAGCUGGGGAUAACGAAGCCAUUUUGAAAGAGCAUGCCAUGGAAGAGGCGCACUGGGCACAUGGCCACCGAAAUUCACACUCACACUCACACUCGCACUCGCACUCUCAUACACGCAGCCUGUCACCCGGAAAGCGAGGCACCGUAUUCAGCGACACCGAGACGGAAUAG